AUGGACGCCUCCGCAUAUCGCUACCGGCCACCCAAGCCGAACUACUUGCCCCACGACAUCGAUGUCGACGACCCCAUCGUCGAGGAGUAUUCGAUCCCUCUGCAGAAGGCCAGCGACCACGAGAAUGCCAUGUACUUCAAUAAGAUGAAGUGGGCGGCUCAGGAGUUCGGCAUCCAGCGGCCCAAGGGCUACACCGUCUCAUACCACGCUCAGCCCGAGAUGGAGAAGCACCACUUUGGCCAGACGCAUCCCAUGAAGCCGUGGCGACUGACGCUCACCAAGAGCCUGGUAACAGCAUACGGCAUGCCCUUCGCCAUGGACAACUACAUCACGCGCGAGGCCACAUAUGAGGAGCUCAACGCCUUUCACUCGAGUGACUACCUGGACUAUCUCGUCUCUGCCGCGCCGGAGGACCAGCCGGCCGACGACAACCCGGACAAGGAGGUCAGGUUCAAUUUGGGAGGUAGUGACUGCCCGUUGUUCCACGGCCUCUACAACUAUUGCUCUAUGUCGGCCGGCACAUCGCUGGACGCUGCGCGAAAGAUCUGCAGCGGCCAGUCCGACAUCGCCAUCGCCUGGGGCGGUGGCCUGCAUCACGCGAAGAAGUCGGAGGCGUCGGGCUUCUGCUACAUCAACGACAUCGUGCUGGCUAUCCUGCAGCUGCUGCGGAUCUAUCCACGCAUCCUAUACAUCGACAUCGACGUACACCACGGCGACGGCGUCGAGGAGGCCUUCUUCUCGACCGACCGCGUUAUGACCGUUUCCUUCCACAAGUAUCAGCCCGACUACUUUUUCCCCGGCACCGGCGGCCUCGACGACAAUGGGCCCAAGAGCGAGCACAAUCCGGGCGCUCAUCACUCCAUCAACGUGCCGCUCAACGACGGUAUCACCGAUGAGCAGUACGAGUGGCUGUUCAAGACCGUCAUCACCGCAGUCAACGAGCACUACCGCCCCAGCGCAAUCGCCAUGCAGUGCGGCGCCGACUCGCUGGCCGGUGACCGCCUGGGCCGCUUCAACCUACGCGUGCAGGGCCAUGGUGCGUGUGUGCGCUUCUGCAAGAGCCUGGGCCUGCCCAUGAUCCUUUUCGGCGGCGGCGGCUACACUCCGCGCAACGUGGCCCGCGCCUGGGCCUACGAGACAUCAAUCGCCAUCGGUGCCGAUGACCGCAUCCCUGAAACGAUCCCCGAACAUGCCCCAUGGCGCGAGCAUUUCAUCCACGACACGCUCUUCCCCACGCUGGAGCAGAGCAUGAACGAGCCGCGCCAUAACCGCAACUCGGAGAAGCGACUUCGCGAGAUCGUACAGCACAUUAACGAGCAGUUGCGCUUCGUGUCGCAUGCGCCAAGUGUGCAGAGCCAGCUGAUCCCGCCCGAUCUGGGCGUCAUUCGUGACGAGAUUGAGGCGAGGCUGAAAGAGGAAGAGGAAGAGAAGGAGCGGAGAGAAACGCAGCGCAAGGUCAAAGAAGCCGGCAUCGCCCAGCCCGGCGAAUAUUGA